AUGAUCUCCGGAGGACCCACCGACGGGGAUUCGUGUAGGGCACAUAAAUCCCAUGAGCGUCGAUUGGAGAUUCAUGCGGUAGGGUGUAGCCAAGAGCAAGAUGCUGGCCCUGUCAUCAGCUUUGGGCCCCAAGACUUGGAGGGACUGGAGCUGCCCCAUGAUGAUGCCCUCAUCAUCAAGGCUGUUAUUGCCAAUCGUCGAGUGGCCAGAGUCUUCGUUGACACUGGCAGCUCUAUCAACGUAUUAUUCAUAUCUGCUUUUGAAGAAAUGCAAAUCGACGCUAGCGAGCUUCAGCCGGUGGCCACUUCUUUAUAUGGUUUUACUGGCAACGAAGUAAAAACCAUGGGCCAGAUCAAGUUGGCCAUAUCCUUGGGAAGUGAGCCUCUAAUAAGAACCAGGAGGAGUACCUUUAUCGUGGUAGACUCGCCCUCCUCUUACAAUGUUAUUUUAGGCCGACUAGCCUUGCAUGAAUUCAGGGUCGCCGUCUUUAUCUUCCACCAGAAGAUCAAGUUCCCCGUUGGAGAGCAGGUCAGUGAAGUUAGAGGGGAGCAAAAGGUCUCUCGGCGAUGCUAUAUUGACAUGGUCAAGGUCGAGGCUCACAAGGCGCAGAGGACUCAUGACGGGGUUGUUCAUGCCAUUCAGAAGGAGCCUAUGCCUAUAGCGGAAGAGCCCAUCCCCUGUGAAGAGAUCCAAUUAUAUUCUGAGCGCCUGGAGACUCUCACUCGCAUAGCCGGGGACCUGCCGCCCGAGCUGAAAGAAGACUUGAUCCAGUGCUUGAUCCGUAAUAGGGAUGUCUUCACCUGGUCCACUGAAGAACUACUAGGGGUCAAGUCUGAAGUAGCAAAACACAGAAUCGAUCAAUUGGUGGACUCAACUACCGGCUGUGAAAGAAUCUGCAUGCUGGACGUUUAUCAGGGGUACCAUCAAAUCCCCUUGGCCGUGGAAGAUCAAGAGAAGGUUAGUUUUAUCACGGCAGAUGGUACCUUCUGCUACACUGUCAUGCCUUUUGGGCUCAGGAAUGUUGGAGCCACCUAUCAAAGGAUGAUGGACAAGAUCUUCCGGGAGCAGGCCGGGCACAAUGUAGAAGUUUAUGUAGAUGACAUACUCAUCAAGUCUCUCUUAGCUGCAAAUCUGAUAGCUGAUGUGGAGGAGACCUGUGGCACCCUCCAGUAG